AAUGCACUUCAAAUUCCAAUGGGAUUUUCAGCUACUUCUUUGCUGACAAAUUUUUUAUGGCUUUUUCUGCAUCUACAUCAUCAUCAAAGACCCCUCUCUCUCUCUACUCAUUCAUCAUCUUCCUCCUUUCCCACAAAACCCCAAAAAAUAAAAAAUAAAAAGGUUCCUUUUUUAUUUGUUUAUAAGUUGUCCCUUUUCUUUUCCUCUAUGAUAUGAUGCAAUUCAUUUGAUCCAACCUUUGCUUAGUUUCUGACUGAAUACUGAAAAAAAAAGGGCAGGGAGAAAAAUGGCUGGUGGAAGAAACAUGAUGAACGAGGCCAACCAGAAGAUCAUCAACAACAACAUAAGUUGCUGUAACAAGGUUAAGAAUUUGUGGGAUUUGAGCUGUGAAUGCAACAAUAAUGGAAAUGAUCAAGCAGAUUUGCUAGGUUUGUUUUCAUGGCCUCCAAGAUCUUAUACUUGUACUUUCUGCAAAAGAGAGUUCAGAUCAGCUCAAGCUUUAGGUGGCCAUAUGAAUGUUCAUAGAAGAGAUAGAGCUAGGUUAAGGCAAUCCUCACCACCUUAUUCUCUUCAACACCAUUUUAACCAUCAGAUUGACCCUAAAGUUCCUUUGAUGAAUCCUAACCCUACUUGUUCAUCAUCAACAUCAUCAGCAUCAGCAGCAAAAGAAGCUUCUUUUUUUGCAUUAGGUCCUCCUUCAGUUUCAACCAUUUCCACAACUCCUCCAUCAACUGUUGCUGAGAUGAGAAAAUGGGAUAAAAGUGCUGAUUUUGUUGAGCUGAGAAGCCAUUCAAGCUUCCCUAUGAAGUGUCCUGAAGCUACACGAAAAGGGAUUUUUGAGGUGGAAAAGUUUGGUUCUUUAAUGCAUGAAAAGGAGAGAACUUCAGCAGCAGUAAUGAAGAAGAAGACUGAUAUUGUUAGGUUGGAAUUGGAAAUAGGCUUGCUCAGAGAGGUUAAGGAAGAUUUGGAUUUGGAGCUUAGACUUGGAUAUCUUUAGACUCUUUGAUUUUGGACUCCAACUUGAACUCUUUUUUGUGGGAUCUUUUAGUCUCUUCAAUAUUCAAGUUGGAUGGAGUAUUACAUCAAAGAAUACUCUUUCAUGAAGAAAUGAGUUGGGGUGGUGAUAAUCUUCUCAUUCCAGAUGAUGGCCAUGCAAGUUAGUUUAAAUUUGCAACUAGGUUAGACAUAUGGUAGUUUUGAUUGAAUAACUUAUCUUUCUUUUGAACUGAUUCUUAUGUUAGAUUUUGAGUCUAGACUAGAAAAUUUCUUUUUUCUGUUCUAAGCUGAUUCUGACAUUAUUAAUGUUUAUCAGAUAUUUUUACAGUACUGCAUUAGGAUCUUUCAAGUUAUGCGGGCUAAUGUGUGUUGUUUCCUUCCAUUUCGUUUCCAUUUUAAUUUUUGGAAAUGAGGAUGUAGAUCUAAAUUCACAUCUUUGAGUUCUUCUUCUGGCUAUUGAAUGCAAAGGGAU